AUGGCGCCAAAAGGGAAAAGCGGCGGCGACAAAGGCAAAGGAAAACAAGACGAUAAGAAGAGCGCGACUUCUGCCGCUUCUGCCGCCGGGAAACAAAAAGGCGCCCAGAGCAUCAACGUUCGACAUAUCCUCUGCGAGGUGCCAUACUUCUUCUCCCGAUACUUCUUUUUCGGAAGAUGAUUUCUGACGACUGCUGGGAACAGAAACACGCCAAAAAGGAAGAAGCGCUCGCGAAACUGCAGGCCGGGGCCAAAUUCGAUGAUGUGGCGAGGGAAUUCUCGGAGGAUAAAGCGAGGCAGGGUAUGUUUAAAUAAAAUUUCUCUCUCUCUCUCUCUCUCUUCUUAUCCCCCCUUCUCUUUCCUGAAGACGCACGCACGGCUGAGGAAAGUCUUUCUUUUUUGUGUGUGUUCUAGGUGGAUCGCUCGGAUGGAAAACCAAGGGCAGUCUGAUGCCGGAGUUUGAAGCUGUGGCGUUUGAGUUGGCCGUCUCGACGACUACCAAGCCGGUGUGGGGGGAGUGUAAGACGAGUGAAGGGUAUCAUGUCAUGAUGGUGGAGGGGAGGAAGUAG